AUGGCAUCUCAAAAUAACUUCAACUUCCCAUACUUUCCUUCACCCCCUUAUCACCCUUAUCAGCCACCACCACCUCCAGCAGCAAAGCCACCUAGUCAUCCAACCCCUCCACCACCGCCGCCACCCCGCCCUCCUGUCCGCCCUCCGCCUCGUCCUCCUGUACAGCCGCCGCCACUCCCGCCUCGUCCUCCAGUGCAGCCGCCGCCUCUCCCUCCCCGUCCUCCAUCACCAGACAAUCAUCCAACUGUUAUUGUCAUUGUGUUCAUAUCAGUAGGCGGCGUUUUCUUCCUCGCAUUCCUUGCAGCCGCUCUCUUUUGCUUCCUUAAGAAGAGGAAGAAGAGAACCGUACAAGAAACGGACAUCAUUCAUUUCAACGAGCAUAAGAAGAUAAAAGAGGCCAUUGUGGAGGGCCCUCAUGGAAUAGAGACUGUGGUCUUAUCAGUUGAGGAUGAUAUCCAUAUUGAUGAAGAAAAACAGAAGAAUGAAAAGGUUGGUGAAGGUUUACAUGCCAAGUCUGUGGAAGGGAAUAUUGCUUCUUCUGGUUCUCAUCAGCACCAUAUUGAACACAAGGCUUGA